CUCUCUCUCGCUCUUUCGCGCUCUCUUUCUCAGGACCUUGAAGCCGUUCCUCCCAGUAUCAUCCUGAAGGUAAAGCGGCGAGUGACUCACAGUAACUCUUGUCCUGCUGCUGGUUCUGGUGCUGGUUCUGCUGGUGUUUGGAUAGGGGAUCCCCGGGUCUCCAGUGAUGACGGGUCUGGACCGGCGGCGCCGCGCGUCUCUGGCGCUCGCGCUGAACCUGGCCGCGAUGCUGCUGGCCGUGUCCGCGCUCACCACGAGCCACUGGUGCGAGGGCACGCGCAAGGUGGUGAAGCCCUUCUGUUCGGGGUCGGUGGUCGGCAGGCAGUCGUACUGCAUCAGCUACAACAGCACGCGCGGCGGUAACGACAGCCGUAUGGUUCAGUACGUGUUCGAGACCGGCGAGGAUAAGUUCGUUAUGAGGACUUUCCACAGCGGAAUAUGGUUCUCCUGCGAGCAGAACAUCGACCUGAUAGGCGAGAAAUGUAGAAGUUUUAUAAAUGUCGCACCUCCUCAUGAGAGAGGGGUCUUGUGGCUGUGUAUCGUGGCUGAGUGUUUGUAUAUUCUGCUUCUGUCCACUGGGGGAAUCCUCAUGUCCAUUGAGGUCUGCCAUUUUGGGAACGUCAUUGAUGGCCUCAAACUGAACGCCUUUGCCGCCAUAUUCACCGUCUUGUCAGGUCUCCUUGGAAUGGUGGCACACAUGAUGUACACAACAGCAUUCCAGCUCACUGUGAGUUUAGGCCCUGAAGACUGGAAACCGCAGACCUGGGACUACAGCUGGUCUUACAUCUUAGCCUGGGGUUCUUUCACCGCCUGCAUGGCAUCCUCGGUGACCACCAUCAACAGAUACACCAAGACCAUUCUGGAGUUCAAGCACAAGCGAAGGAACAUCGAGAAGAACCUGAAGAUCAAGCAGAAGCUGCUGGACUUGGACUCUCCAGACCAGGUGUGGGAUAUGUAUAUCAGUUCGGUCCCCAGCACAGCUGAGGAGCUGCUGGACCUGUCCAGUUCUGCUCGCAAACUCUCCAACAACUCUGUCUUCCUGGACCUGAAUGACAUGCCCGAGCCGCAGAGCGAGGAGUACUGCUGAGUGUGAACUUCGCCAUCGCCAAAACUGCUCCUGGAAUACAGUUACAGCCCACUGCCGCCUGGCACUGCCACAUGCUCUUAAUCUACUGAACCUGACCUCCUAUUCUUCUGAGGCCUGUGAUCAGGAGAGGCUUUCGCUAGGCUUCUCUGCAGAGAAAGGAACUGACUGAUUACGGUCAGCUUUUUUAUGUACUGUGUUUUAGUGUUUGCUGAAUGUGAUACUGUGAAUCUAUUUAUUGAUUUUAUAUUCAUGGAUUAUUGAUAUUUACAUGUUUAAGUAUAAUCCUCAUUUUGGUACCAACACAUUCUUGUUGAAGACGAUAAAAAGAAUGGAAAUAUCCAAAAUGGUAACUUCCUAAUAAAACACAAAAUAAACAAUUUAAACAUUAAUGUAAAAACUUUAGUGCUGGUUGAUAUGAUCUUAAAUCAAUAUCACGCUCAAUUGUUUUGGUUAAUUAUGGUUAAUUAAGCUCCACUGAGAGAUAUGACUGAGUUAGAGAGAUAAAGGGGUGGUAGCAGGUAGCAAAAGCUGUGUUGUAAACCUGUGAACAAGGUAGAGAGAUAAAGGGGUGGUAGCAGGUAGCAAAAGUUGUGUUGUAAACCUGUGAACAAGGUAGAUGUAAGAUUUAUAGGACAUCAAAUUGGUAGAAGGACGAGGGUCUUUUUUCAUCAAAUUUUUUUUACACCAAAUCCGAGGUUCAAGCCACACAAUCUUUUUUUUAUGUGACCCAUAUCAUACAUUUAUUUGGACAUUAAUGCUGAUGCACAUGGGCAAAGGUGCAAUGAAUUAUUUGAAGCUUUUGUAUUUUUCUGUGGCCACUAUUGGUCGUUUGAUUAGAAAUCUGGAUCGGUUGCAACACUAGCCUUAUAGUUUUGCUUAAAAGGAUACAUCACCACAAAUAUUUAUUUGGUUGGUUACCAAUUUGUGAAAUUGAAGAACCUAUAACUAUAACUAUAAAAACACCAUGUACAUUUAGUAAAGCUUCUUUUAUUCUUCUUAAAGGGUUCUUCAAGCCUUUUAAAGGUUCACAUUUAGAUUUAUCCCUUUUAAAAAUACCAUGGAAACCAAAAGUCCUUUGUAUCAUCAUUUUCUAUGAGUAUAGAUAAGAACUAUAAUACUUUUAAUCACAGAAACACUCCAAUUUUUUUUUUCAGGAUGAGUUUCCGUUAUAGUUAUUUGAUAUGGCAAAUGCCUGCUUUUCUGUUGUCUGAAAAUUCUAAGUGACAUGCUUGAGUGCCUUUGCUUGUGCUUUAAUUUUGGUUCUGUUUUAUCAUUGCAUGCUAAGGAGAUCCAAACUAUUUAUUUUACUGAAAUUUACCAGAUUGUUCUAUAAUAAUAUUUAUAUAUGUAAUUCUUAAACCUAACAAGUCAAAAGUGUCAACUAAUACAGAUCUUGAUUGUUGCUGUCCUGCAAAAACCUGGAAUCUCCAUCUUUGCCAUUUUCAGUUCUUGCCAAUUGUUCUUUUUUUUUAAAUCAAAAUUUCAUGAUAAAUGGGUAAAAGAUAAUUUAAUAUUUUCUUCUUCUGUAUUGUUGACAUUUUGGAGACUUUUUUGCAUCACAGCUGCACUAUCAAUAUUAUGGAUAUUGUUUGCUACUUUAAGGGAAAGAUAUCAGUGGCAGAUGUGUACAUUAGAAUGUGUGGUUGGUAGAAAUGAGUGAAGAUACAUUUCUAAAAGUAAUGCAUUCCACAGAGUGCAGUAAUUUUAUUGUCAUGUAUCACUAUGUGAGUGUGUAAAGCUGUUAUAUUUCUAUUUCUAUGAGUACACUGAGAUAUAUAUAAUGUAAAAGCUAUUUGUAAUCAAAUGAAAAUAUUUGAAGUUUUUUAGCCUGUAUUAGUGUAAACAGGCUUGGACUGAGUGGAACUAAUCUGAACUGUAAAUGCUUAAACAGGACAUUUUGAUUCAGUUUAUCUUUACUUGAAUUUUUAUCUUGUGCUACUUUUAUUAUCAUGCUGAGCUAAACUGAGCUGGUGUAGAUAAUCGUUUUGAUUGAUGUGAGGGAGACUGCAUAAUGACUUCUUGGUCUGAACAAAUUUCCAAAUAUUAGAAGACGACGUGUUGUUCCAUCAAGAACAAUGGACCUUAUUUACCAACCAUUUAAAAGAAGAAUUAUCUUUAUAAAAACACAAAUAUCCUGAUGUUCACCAAUGGUUUCUUAUUUGCGAUUUGUUUAACAUAUAAGGAAAAUGGGGUCCAUCAUUAUAAGGGCUUAAGAAAAGAUGUAUGAAUCAGACGUAUCCAAGACGUGCCCUAUUUUCUAUAUCAACAGUUUCCAAACUUUUGCAACUCUUUCGAUGUAAAAGACCCUGUUUUAACCAUCUGUCUAUGAUAUCUUCAUUUAAAAAUUUAUCUUAUUGAAUUUACUCAAACUUGUACUAAUGCUAACAAUACAAGCUUCCUAAUCCACUAGGUUGACCUAAAUAUAUCAUUUUAUUUGUUUCAGAUAAUUUAUAGUAUCUGUCACAUCUUAAAUCACAUUUGUUGAAAUAUAUAUUAUUUUGUUAAUUAAUUUGUGAAUUAAUUCGGUUCUGAAGACCACAACUCUAAUAAGGUUUCCAAAACCUUCUCUAGCUUGUCGAAUAAUAGUGCCCUGUAUAGUGAUUUGGAUUAUCACAUGUAGGGAAUAGUAAGUAGAGCACCGUUUUGGACACAGCUGUACACUUUUUGUCUUUUCUCAAACACAAAUAUAGAAAAAAAUAUUAGGAACAUUUUGAUAAAUGAGGCUUAAAUGUUUGUAAAAAAAUGUGUGAGUGUGAAGAACCUUUAUAUUACUACAAGUGAAGGUUCUACAGAUUACAAACAAAGUUCAUUUAAAGAACCUUUUAAAGCACCUUGAUUUAUUUUAGGAGUGUACCAGCAGCUGUAUUGUUUUUUUUUUUAUUAUUAUAUAUUUUUUUCUUUUAGACAUGGCUUUAUUUUGUACUGAAACACUGUAUGUUGGUGAAGUGCAGUCAUUGUUACGUUUUUGUACUUAUAUUUUAAGUUAUUCUUGUUUUUGCACUUUUGUCAUUGCACACAGGAUGAAUGAAAUGUAACAAUAAAACACUUCCAGUCUUGGCA